GCUUUCCCCCCGUUUUCGUGGAAAAAAUUUCCUGGCGCACUUUCGAAGGAUAGUGUAACACACGACGUCGGAAUAUGAAUUAGCGUCGGAAGAUAGUGAAAAUUCGGCGUUAUAUGUUUCGUGCUACAGGUGAUGAUAUUUAUAAAAAUUCGACUAAAACGUUAUUACAUAAUGGUGUAAAUUGAAUAAAAAUAAGGUGAUAUAAACUGUUAAAAUAAGCUCUACUAUGACGACUACUGAAUCAGAUGCGAAAAAUGAAACACUGUACUUUUAUAAAACAAUCUCGAUCGCUACUACAAAUUUAACAAUAUUUGUCGAAGAGCAGAAAGAAAACUGGUGGGCAUUAUCAGCAUUCGGGCUUGUGGUUGGUACAGCAGCUGGAAAUAUUUUAGUAUGUCUCGCUAUUUGUUGGGAAAGAAGACUUCAAAACGUAACUAAUUACUUCUUGAUGUCCUUGGCUAUUACGGAUUUGAUGGUAGCCAUUUUGGUGAUGCCUCUAGGAAUAUAUACACUCUUUCGUGGUUAUUUCGCCUUGCCAUCAAUUUACUGCCUCGCAUGGAUUUGCCUUGAUGUUCUUUUCUGUACAGCUUCAAUAAUGCAUCUAUGUACGAUCAGCGUGGAUAGAUACCUUUCACUAAGGUAUCCAAUGAAGUUUGGUAGGAAUAAAUCAAGAAGAAGAGUGAUUUUCAAAAUAAUUUUUGUGUGGUUGCUGUCAAUAGCUAUGAGUCUACCUCUUAGCUUGAUGUAUUCAAAGGAUCAAGGCUCAUUAAUCAUAGAUGGUACGUGUCAAAUUCCUGAUCCGCUCUUCAAAGUUGUAGGAUCAAUAAUAUGCUUUUACAUACCUUUAUUGGUUAUGCUCAUGACGUAUGCACUAACAGUGAGACUGUUAGCCAGUCAGAAGCAAAAUUUAGCUACACCUGAUUGGUCAAACAACUGGAUAGCGGGAGCAACUCCUUCACCAAUUGAUCGGAAGUGUACCUGGCGUCGAUUUUUAAACUCCUCUAAAGCAGGGAACAAACUAAACACACAUUCAGUGGCAUCGACUGAUACAGAAUUGACUACUUUAGAUACGCACGAAUUGUGGAUACAGGACUCAGAACCAAAACCUUGCACUAUGAGUGCUUUGGGACAAUUCGGCACGGAGAUGCUGAAAUUGUCAAGAGGAUUAGAAGCGGCCUCAAAUAGUUUUGCCAAGGCAUCGGAGAAAAUAAGUACUUCGGUUUCUUCGUCAAAUACGUUGAAAUAUGAUUCUGCUAACAAAAGUGAAGAAAAUCUAGGAAAUUCUCAUUCCUCACUACUAAGCUCUGAAUAUGGGUCGUUUCAGUUUAGAAGAAGAAGGGCAUCCACGUUUGAUGGAGGAGAAAAUAAAAGUAAAUAUCUCUCCCCUCAAUGGCGAAAGCGCCGGGCAAGUUUUCAUGAAAGCGUUGACCCAGACUCUAGCAAGAAUAGUACAAAUGAAAAAAUUGAAAGUGAUUACACUCUUCCUAAACCGUGUACCUGUCCUUACUUUGGAAAUCCUAACAAUAAACCUCCACUUCCAGAACUGAAAAUAGUACCUAGUGAAGUCAUUGAAUCGUCAUUGAAUAAAAUGAAGAGAAAUAACGAUUUAUUGCAUAUACCUCAGAAGAGAUCUCCAGGUAGAAGUUCUGAUUCCCCCAGUAAUGUUAUGGUGACAUGGGAGCAAAAGGGAAAUAAUCGAAGAGGUUCAAGUUUCACAGCAAAAACAUCCCAUCUAGCAGUUUCUUUAACACAUAAUACACAAAAAACACAUUUUUUAAGACGAGCUGCAACACUGCGUCAAACUGGAAAAUCUACCGGUAGUGGCUUGGCUAAUAAGAAAAAUCCUUCCUCUCCUUGUCUACUGCAACGCUACAAUUAUAACAAUUCCAGCACAACAACAACAAGAAAUAUUCGUCCGCAUCACAGUCGAAAUUCCAGUGUUAUAUCGAGAAACUCUUCUCGUCAUGGUCGAAUAAUUCGAUUGGAGCAAAAAGCUACUAAAGUUCUGGGUGUAGUAUUUUUCACGUUCGUUAUAUUAUGGGCACCUUUUUUUAUAUUGAAUCUUGCGCCAAUUUAUUGCUCCCACUGCGAUAAAAAUAUGGAAAACUGGAUUGUACAAUUAGUAACAUGGUUAGGUUACGCAAGUUCCAUGGUAAAUCCCAUAUUUUAUACAAUAUUCAACAAAAUUUUUAGACAAGCAUUCAAAAAGGUACUUUUAUGUCGCUACAGAAAAACCAAAUGGAGACCUCAUAGGUGACAGAUAAAGUUAUCAAAAAACCGAACAGUCAGUUGUGCAGUCAAUUUGUAGAACAGAUAUACGAGGAAUGCCGUAUAUAACAUGAAACAUAUCGUUAUAUUGAUUGAAGAAAUCAAUAAUCUCUUAAUAUAGUAAUUAAACUUUAAUUUCUAACUAUAUAUCACAAAUAGUUUUACAUACUUUUUUAUAUAUUAGUUAUGAUAUUAGCGGGUUGCUAAAAGCUAAUUUACCAAUAUUUCAACUUUUUUAAAAAUAGGAAUAAAUAAAAAACCUUUAUACAUAAAGUGCACAGCAUAACUUUUUCUUUGUAGAAUGACUGGAUGAAACAUUCUUUCUUAUGGGAUACUCUGUACUUUUUUCUCCUGUGCUUCUACUUCUAAAUUUAUGAGACAAAAUUCAGGAGGUGAAUGCUCGAAUAAUAUCAAGAUGGGUCUUUCUCAUAACAAAACUCCAUGGAUUGUAGUUAGAGGUAGUUAUUUCCAGCAUUUAUUAUGAAUCUUAUAUCAUUUUAGAUCUUUACUAUAUUCCACUCAAUUCACUGAAAAAAUUAUAGAUUAUGGUGUUAUUUUUUUUUCUGUGCAGCUAUUGGUUCUGAUAUAAAAUUUAGGAAUAAAGAAUAUUUUUAAAUAAAAAACCUUCAAAAAACGUUUUGAUAUAGAAUAAAAUAAUAGCUGCUACUUUCAUCCCUUUACAAUGUAACAGGAAUAUUGAAAAAAUGAAAACUCAUUUCUAGUUACUACCUUUUAAGGAUGAAAUAUUAGAAUGAGGUGAGCUGAGGUAAUUUUGUUGCAGAAAAGACCCAUCCUAAUACUAUACGAGCAAUCACCUUCUGAAGUUUGUUGCAUGAAUUUAAAAAUACCCUAUAUAUCAGACUACCUCACAUUUAAGUGUUCCUUAAAUUGAAAAUAAGAAGUGAAAAAAUGAUAUUGAAUUAUUUCAAAUAUUUCUGACAAUAUCCUUACAUGUUUUUUAUAAAUUUUGGGAAAUAACCAAAAAAAAUUAACAGCGUCAAAAAAUAAGUAUUUAUAGUAGUACCAAGAAAUUUUGUAAACUAAAAACGUUGCAGGAAACUCUUUUCAUCAUCUGAUAUACAUACAGAGUUUAUAGCGCUUUCUGAUAAAUGGUUAAAUGCUUAUUAAUGUCUUAUUCAGUCUUUCUUUAAGUAAACCCUAUUAUACUCGAGUAGUUCGAGUGAUGCCUACCGUGUGAAGAGGCCUGUGGAUAUUGAUCUUGAAUUUCUGGAGGUUGUAGUAUUCGGGAAAGAUGUGCCUUGGUAGCUCAUACUUCUCUGGAGAAAGGGGUGGGAUACUACCAUUUGCUGUAGUCGUACCAAUUGAUUAAAGUCAAGUUAGCGACCUUUUAUCCAUGGUUUGAACUGUGCAAGUUCCUGAUCAACUCUAGAUCACUCAUAAGUCGAUUUGCUCUUUUCUGUAUUGAGUCGAGCAUCCUAGCUCCAAAAGCGUAAGCAAUACUCCAAAGAUAGACGAAACUGUGCCUUGUGCAGGUUUAGAAGCAUUUGCGGAGUACAUAGCAUUUUGGUCUUAAAGAGGGCCUCAAGUUGUUGUGAAGCUACCUUAGCUAAUUGAAACACGCGAUUAUGCUAUGACAUAUUGUUUAACACACAACAGGCGAAUUUGCGGUGAUGGUGAUAUUUCAUAUUCAGACAAACCAAGCGGCAGUGCUCCAGCUUUCUUUGUAAAAACAGCAGCCUGGGUCAUUGCUGCAUUAAACUCAAUCAGAUCGCUUCCACCUCACUUCAGAAUGUUUUUAAGAUAAAUAUUGAUGGUGGUGAUCUGUGUGUGGAAUCAAUAAAUGAAGAUUAAGUUUCACUUCAUAAUAUUUUCUCAUCUUAGACAACGAAAGAAAUUAAUUUGUUUGUAGUUUUUUUUGUGCAUUAUUGUGGAUUAUUUUCUUGCAACUAUUCCCUUACAAUUCUAAAAUCUUCUGCCUAGUGCUUCAUACACAGCUUUCCUCAAAAUCUCCCAAAUUUUAUCUAGAGAUCUACAGGCGCGGGAUCUGGAGGUCGUGAUCGCCAUUAUAUUGAUUCUCUUCGAACAAUCAAUCUGCUCGGAAAUUUAUUGUUCGUCCACUGCCUGAAAGUAAAAAGUAGUAUAUUAUCAUCGCUUCAGUAACGAAA